AUGUCCAAGCAGAAAUGUCAAAAAAUGCUUAAAAAAGAAUUAGAAUGUUCCGAUCACAAAAUGAAUGUUAUUAAAGAGUUGAACAAAGACAUAUGCAACCUGUUGGCCGAAAAAGAGAAAAAAGAGGAAGAGAUAAGGAACAUGGAAUUCGGAGAUGAUGACAACGACAUCAAUAACAUAAGACUUGAAAUCGCUAAACUAAAAACAGAUUAUAAAUUAAACCAUGGUAAGAAGAAGAAAAAGAAAUGCUUAAAAGACGGCGAAGUUUGUGAAAUCGGUGAUGCCUCCUCAGAUGACAAUUAA